AUUUAAACGAGUGUCGCAUCACUCACAUCGUGCAAUCGUGUUUUUGUUUUGUUUCGUUUCGAUUUUUAUAAGCUUACUUGAAAAUGAAAGUUAAAAGAUUUUGUUGGCUGCUUCUCGUCGUAUGCUACUUGUCCUUCAGCCACGCCCUGGAAUGCUAUGUAUGUACCAAUCAAGAGGGUAAUAUAGAAAAGUGUUUGAAAAGUACAAAAACCUGUGAGCAAGGACAGGAUGCCUGUCUCACAGAAAUUAAUUGGGGAAGUACGCCAUAUUGGUCGCAAGGCGCGAAAAAGCAGUAUUAUGUUUCCAAGAGAUGUUCAACAAAAAGAGAGUGUGAAAGAAUAAAACAGUCUAAUAUGGAUGAUUGUACGUAUAUAUGGUAUCAAGAUUGGAAAUGUUCUGAUUGCUGUCAAGGAGACAAAUGCAAUUACUUUGUUAUCAUGUACAAAAUGCAGACUUGGUGGUUUCGAUAUCUUCGCAAAUCUUUUACACGGAAAAAAGAUUUGAUACUUGCUGAGGACACGAAACUCACGAGGUGUCUGUCUACGUUGGAUCUGACGGCUCUUGGAAUCGGUUCGACCCUCGGUGUGGGUGUCUACGUUCUCGCUGGAUCAAUCUCGAAAACCAUAGCAGGGCCGGCUGUGGUGAUUUCUUUCGCUAUCGCGGCGAUCGCGUCAAUGUUCGCAGGUCUCUGUUACGCGGAAUUUGGUGCAAGAGUUCCACGUGCUGGGUCGGCAUACGCAUACAGUUAUGUGACAAUGGGCGAAUUCACGGCGUUUCUGAUCGGUUGGACUCUAAUCCUGGAGUACGUAAUUGGCUCAGCCAGCGUGGUACGUGGACUGAGCACUUACGUGGAUGCCCUAUUCAACAACAGCAUGAGGAAAGCGUUCGAAUCGGCAGCGCCUAUCGACAUCAAUCAUUUUUCUUCUUAUCCGGACUUCUUCGCCUUCGGAGUAACGUUAAUCUUCUCCGCUGCGUUGGCGUUCGGUGCAAAGGAAUCCUCGUGGGCAAAUAAUUUCUUCACCCUUGUGAAUCUCUCGGUGGUGCUGUUCGUAAUAAUCGCCGGAUCGUUGAAAGCUGACGUAAUGAAUUGGAAAACGAAGCCCACGUGCAACGAAAAGGAGUGCGAUUACGGAACUGGAGGAUUCGCGCCUUACGGCAUCGCUGGCAUCAUAACCGGUGCUGCGAAAUGCUUCUACGGAUUCAUCGGUUUCGAUUGCGUAGCGACCACCGGCGAGGAAGCCAAGGACCCACAGAAGUCCAUUCCCAUAGCAAUCGUUGCCUCGUUGAUGGUCAUUUUCGUUGCGUAUUUCGGCGUCUCUACCGUGCUGACCAUGGUUCUCCCUUAUUACGAACAGAACCCGGACGCCCCGUUUCCGUACCUGUUCGACAGAAUCGGCUGGAGCUGGGCAAAAUGGCUGGUCACGAUCGGUGCUAUAUGCGGCCUGUGCGCGAGCUUGCUUGGCGCGAUGUUCCCGUUACCACGAAUACUUUACGCGAUGGCUUCCGAUGGACUGAUAUUCGAAUGGAUGGGAAAAAUCAACUCGCGAUUUCAGACACCUGUGAUGGGUACCUUCUCAACGGGGAUUCUUACAGGCGUAUUGGCCGCAGUGUUCGAAUUGACUCAGCUCGUGAGCAUGAUGAGCAUCGGAACAUUUCUCGCUUAUUCGAUCGUUGCAGCCUGCGUUCUCAUACUCCGAUACGAGGAGAGCGAAGCUUACAAGAAGAAAGGUGACCAUGACCCAAGGACCUUAACGUUUAUAUUGAAGCAACUAAUUAAUGCUAACAAAUUAAAUCACUCCACGAAAUUAACAUCGCAAAUCGUGUCUUACCUUGUCGCGUGCUACCUGAUUCUAUGCGUUUGUAUUGGCAUCAUAAUUUCACAAUACGCCGAUGAUAUUAUAACGGGCAAAGUUCUAGUUGUCGUUCCGCUGGUUGUUUUAAUAAUGGCUUUAUUAAUUAUUCUCACAUUCAUUUAUCUGCAACCGACUUCCGGAAAGAAACUCUCGUUUUCGGUUCCAUUUGUACCGUUUUUACCUGCGCUCAGUAUCCUCGUUAACAUUUACCUCAUGAUGAUGUUAGACAAAAUGACAUGGGUACAAUUUUCAAUAUGGAUGGUGAUCGGUUUCGGUAUAUAUUUUUCUUAUGGAAUGUGGCACAGCAAAAUGGGACAAGUUAAAUCUUCGAAACCAAUUGAAAGUAACGUUAACGAAGAAACAUGGACGAAUGACGACGCUUCUCACAUAGAUCGAUUUACAUAAAAUAAUUUAUCCUGUGACUCAAAUUCGUAAUAAAAAUUUUAUAUAACACAAAUCUUUUAGUUUACCAAUGUGAUUUAAUUAACUGGGGGACGGUUUAAUACUUCGAACGAUAUCCUAAACCUAAA